AUGGGAAAGAAGAAGGGGAAGGCCCAGAAUGGCCGAGCGAAGCAGAAACAGAAGGCACAGGGCAGCGCACCGCGAAGUACGCCUAGAUCGAGACACGUGCAGCAGCAGACACUGGAUUCCGACUGGGGUUCGUGAUCAUACAUGGUCGACGCCUGAUUGCCUCGUGCUGAGUAUGCCUACAGACGAUGACGCUCAUAUACAAUUCCGUGGCUUCUCCCAGAAAGCUCCCUCUUCCACCGCGACCCCUCGAAGCGCCGCCGCGCGCCUGAGGCAUCAGGCCAUCUCUUUUGUCACCGCCGGCGUCAAUAGCCCCACUAUCCAGAAGCGAACACAAACCGACCCCGUCGACUUUCAGAUUGCUCUCGACGACACCGACGAAGACGAGGAUUGGGACGACGACGACGACGACGUGGAUGAUAGCCACAUCUUGACCAACAUUGUCUUGAACGCCGACAUCGAGACUUCCAAGGAAGGCAUCGCGAAGAUGCAAAUUGACAACUCCACAGGUGCCAUGGAACUCGAGGCCGACGAAGCCAAUGCCGCCGCCGCCGCCGCCGCCGCCAUGCCGACUGCUACUGGAGACACAUUGUUUUUUGUUGAUACUGUUGGAGACUCGAGUCUGACCGGAAGUGUACAGAAUGUUGCCAAUGCCCCUGUCAUGCGUGCGCCUUCGCCUGCGCCAUCCAACUCCAGCGAGGAGGUUGUCGUAUUCCACGGCCGCAACAAGGCAACCACUGUCGACGACCCUGUGCUGCCGCCACAUGCUCGGUCGGUCACCGCCGCUCAUACACCAUCCUUCACGCCGACUCCAAUUGCUCAGUCCACCACUGCUGCAGAGACGUACCCAUCAUCGUCCUUCGUGCCGAGUCCAUCCGCUCCUGCCGCUCAAGGCUGGGGCAAGCAACCCUCGCAGCUGCUUGCGUCUCGUCGAAGCGACGACGUGUGGAGACCAGCACCGGCGGUACCGUAUUGGAGGGCUAGCAACAGUGAGGCCGUGUCUCGCCCUGACCUGGACCCGUCUGCCACGGAGCUCGAGGUGUAUGAAGUGUUACCGCCAAAGCAAUCGAAGGUCCAGUUUGCAGAAGAUGCGGGACAAGAGGAGGUAAAUAACACUAAGGAAUCCACUGAGACACUGCAAGCUAACUGGAAGAAGGUUCUGGGCGAGAAGAAGAAGAAGCUCAAGAUGGACGUCGAGGAUGACACGAGCUCGAAGGCCUCGAAAUCCUCGAGCAGAAAGAAGAAGCGCGGUCGCAAGAACGACAAUCGCUCCAUGCGAGCCCCGAUCGUCUCAGAUGACGACAACUCUGAGGCCGCGUACGACGACUACAUGAAGAACUUGAUGGCCCAGCUUGAUGACGGCGAGGAGCCUGAUGAAGAGAACGACAUUCUCGCAAACAUGAGGACUGUCGCGGCCAUCGCCGGCCCAUCUAUGGUAGUAGACGGCAAGGAGGUCGAUGAUGGUGACGUCUUGCCGCAGAACAAGAAGUUGACGGCUCGAGAGUUGCAGAACAUGGAGAUGAACGAGGAUUCAGAGUCAAGCGAUGAGGGCACCCUCAAUCCCGACUUUGACGAGCUUUCUGACUCCAUGGGUGAGUCUGAUCUUGAAGAUGAUCUCGAGUCCAUCGAGCGCGAGCAGUGGGAAGAUGAGAAAGAUCUCCGUCAACGUCGCAUUGAGCGGCUCGACGACGAGAGCAUUGCCCGCCUCCUCGCCAAGCAGGAGGAGCUCGGAAUGGGUUCAGAUGAGAUCCUCAUCGAGAACGGAGACUAUCCGUAUCCGUCCGACGAGGGAUACGGUGAUGUGGAUGCGGCACGUGUCGAGCUGAACGACAUUACCAACUCUUCUUUUGGCCGUGGACCAAACAAGCAUGGCAUGGCGCGUCGCUCCAACAACAGGUCCAAUUUUCCAAACGCCUCCGCCAUGGCUGAUGCAGUCGAUCAAUACGGCGACAACGGCUUCGACAUCAUGGAUUUUGACCGUCCAUCACUGCGUCCGACGAAGAAGGGCAGAAAGGGUCUGCCACCGCCCGAGUUGGAAAUGCUGAGUGAUGAGGAGCUCCGAGACGACCUCACGGCACAGUGGCAGAAGGACAAAUCCACCAAGCGCCAGAAGAAGCUGGAACGUGAGGAGCUGCGCGCCGCGGGCAUGCUGGGCUCCGCCGGCCGCAAAGGCAAAGCCGACCUCAGUCAGAAGUAUUCGAACGGCAUGUCGAUGAAGGAUGUGUGGACGGAGUUGCGCGCCUUCAUGGAAAACGACGACCUGCGCGAGCGUGCAUUCCCCCCGAUGGAUAAGAUCGAUCGGAAGAAACUGCACCAGGUCGCCAUGGCUCUCGACCUGAAUUCCAAGUCACAGGGCACGGGCAUGAAGCGCUUUCCCAUUGUUUACAAGACGAGACGCACCAAGGAGUUCUCCCCAGACUUGUACUACCGUUUCAUCCAGGCGGCUGAUCGCGGUGGUCUGGGCUACAGCAAGGGCAGCGCCGAUAGGAUCAAAGCAGGUACCAGUGCUGGUCGCGGUGGCAGGGGAGGCGGCGGCGGUGGCCGUGGUGGAGGAGUGGCGGCUGCUACUGUCCGUCACGGCGAAGUCGUCGGUGCUGGUGCUGCGGAGAUCAGCAGCUCUAGCUUCGGACACAAGAUGCUGGAGAAGUAUGGUUGGUCGAAGGGCAAGGCCCUGGGCAAGGACGGCGAGGGCCGGCUCGUACCAGUCGAGCAGCGCAUGCGUGUCGGAACCGCUGGUCUUGGUUAG